GCUAACCACACCCUUACAACAGUGGUAGCUCCUGAACGCACAGGUAGAACAACACAGAGUUCUCGUGCGAUAUACCGGACUUCCUCAGUCACGGACAUGGACGUUAUGCUCGGCUGCAAAGCGCUUUAAAGUGAAACUUACGACAAACUUAAGUCAUAUUAAAAAUUACAAAACCACACAGAGAUGGAUGAGAAGGACAUCGAACAAGGUGGAGUGGGCGCAAUGUCGAAAACAGAUCUGAGCUGGAUUCCAGAAUUCUUUAAAAAGAGAGUGUGCACAACAUUUGUGGAGGACUCUUUCAGUAAUGGACGUCUGUGUCAGUGUGGGCUCGCACGAGACACUCACCAGUCUGUGGCUUUGGGCGAUAACUUCAGCACGGCCAUGGUCAGUCACUGGGACAGCACACAGCACUCCUCAGAGCAGCCAACGGACGCCUUUGGAGAUCUAGAGUUUACCGGAGCCAGCAAAAAAAACAGAUAUUUUUUGCGUCUCUCCAGUAGCACACCCCCUUCUAGGGUCUUUGAAAUCAUGAAAGUACACUGGAAACUGAAACAGCCCAACCUGGUGGUGUCAGUUGUUGGUGGUGAGGGGAAGUUAAAGAUCAGAGGCUGGGUGCGAGACUUGCUGAGGAAGGGACUGGUUAAAGCAGCACAAAGUACAGGAGCAUGGAUCAUAACUGGAGGACUGAAGGGAGGCAUUGGGAGGUGUGUAGGAGAGGCUGUGAGGGAUCACGUCCUUGCAACGUCUUCUGUGUACCUCAAUAAAGUAGUUCCUAUAGGCAUCGCUCCAUGGGGUCUUGUACAGAACCGCCAACAGCUCAUCAACCCUGAGGGAAGUUUUCCUGCAAAGUAUUUUGUCUCAAACACAUCUCGUGACACUUGUUAUCUGGAUAAUAACCACAUGGCCUUCCUCCUUGUGGAUGAUGGGACCACUGGCCGUAGAAAUGGUGAGGUCAGCUUUAGAGUGCGUCUGGAGGACUACAUUUCGCAUCAGCGUCCAGGCAGUGCAACUAUCGACAUUCCUGUACUUUGUAUGCUGAUAUCUGGAGAAGUUGCCAUGCUAGAGACAAUAGAUUUAUCCCUUAAGGCUGCUAUGCCUUGGUUGGUCCUUGCUGGUUCGGGCGGGCUUGCCAAUUUUGUGACCGACAUUGUGGAGAAUGUGCAGUCUGCUUCAAUGUCUCCAUCUGGAGGUGCUGAGAAGGAGGAGGGGAAUGCUAACAUGGAGCUCAAAGAUCGACUAGCAGAAAGAGUGAAAAAACAUUUUCCUGCAGCGAACGAGACCGACAAACUGGUUGAUAAGGUUGUAAGCAUCUACCAGAACAAAGACCUCAUCUUUAUUUAUCACGCAGAGCAAGAUGGGGCAGAUGAUUUUGACACUGUGUUGCUUAAAACUCUAGUUCAAGCGAGUAAACAGCGUGUUGCGGAGAGUGCUAAUCCUUACGCUGAUGAGUUGAGGCUUGCUGUAACUUGGAACAGAGUGGACAUUGCCAAGAGUGAAUUCUUCAAUGGAAACAUCCAAUGGAAGUAUGGAGACCUGGAAGAUUCCAUGACUGAUGCACUUGAGAACAAUAAACCCAAGUUUAUUCGUCUCUUCAUUGAAAAUGGUCUGAACAUUUUGGACUACCUUACUUAUGGCCGCCUGGAGAAACUUUACAAAUCCAUCCCUGAAAACUGUCUGGCCUACUCACUGCUUCAGAAUUUCCUCAAUGUCCGCUUGAAUGAGUCCAGCGCUGAUCAACAAUACAGUGUCAGUCUCUAUGAGGUAUCUCAAUUGUUGGAGAAUCUGUUAGGGGAUGUCUGUCUGCCCUUCUACACAACCUUAUUUGAGCUGGACACAAAGUCCUCCAAAAGAAAAACUUUUAAGAAAGCAUUUAAGUUGCUGCAGGAGAGUUGCUUAUAUCGUGAUAUACCCUGUAAGCACCCUUGGUUAUGUCUCUUCAUCUGGGCAGUGCUACAGAACCGAUGUGAGAUGGCUGUCUUCUUCUGGGAAAUGUGUGGUGAGUCAGUUCUGACUGCUCUGGGAGGUUGUAAACUGCUGAGGGAGCUCUCAAAACUGGAGAUUGAGACUGAGACCAAGCUUUCCAUGAGGGAUUUGGCCCUGAAGUUUGAGUAUAUGGCCCAUGAUGUGUUCAGCAUGUGCUACCAAACCAAAGCGUGCCAUUCCCUUCAGCUUUUGAUUCGGAAGUCUCAGCUGUGGGGUAAUGCCACCUGUCUGAAGAUGGCCUUGGGGGCUGAUGCUCGCCUUUUCUUCAGCCAUGAUGGAGUGCAGUCCCUGCUGUCACAGAUCUGGUGGGGUGACAUGGAAAGAAGCACUGAGGUGUGGAAAGUCAUCCUGACUAUGUUCAUUCCUCCACUCUGCUACACCAACCUCAUCAAUUUCAGGAAAUUGGAGAAUGUGGAAGAGAAGAUAGUAACACUGGUGGUACCUCUUACCUCAGAAAUAGACUGCCACAACAAAGUCUUCUCCUUUUCUGAAAUCAAAAACAACGAAGUUGAGCAAGAGGACUCAUUUAAUAUCCGACGCCCAACAAAAGGUACUUCGGUUGCAUCAUUCCGCCAAAAAAAUCGGCCCUUUGUGGUUUCCCGCUGGAGGCAGUUCUGGUACGCCCCUAUCACCUCAUUCCUCGGCAAUGUUCUGAUGUACUUCCUUUUCCUGUUUCUGUACGCCUACGUGCUAUUAAUUGACUUCAAGCCGCCUCCCCCAGAUGGCCCUGCCACCUCAGAGUUCAUGCUGUACUUCUGGGUGUUCACUCUCGUGUGCGAGGAGAUUCGAGAGACAUUUAUUGUGGGCAGUAAGACUGUUGGUCAGAGGUUGAUGCUGUAUGUUCAGGAUGUGUGGAAUAAGUUUGAUGUCCUUGCUAUCUCACUUUUCAUCGCUGGGAUGUUCUGCAGGAUGUUCAGUUGGUCAUUCAACAUGGCACGUGGCAUAUUGUGCAUGGACUACAUGGUCUUCACACUCCGACUCAUUCACAUUUUCACCAUUCACAAACAGCUGGGCCCGAAAAUCAUCAUAUUGGGCAAAAUGAUGAAGGAUGCAUUUUUCUUCUUAUUCUUUCUGGCUGUGUGGCUGUGUGCGUAUGGAGUGGCCAAUCAGGCUCUACUGUACACAUAUGAUCCGAGACCUGAUAGGGUGUUUCGACGGGUGUUGUACAGACCCUAUUUGCAUAUAUUUGGACAGAUUCCUGUGGAGGAAAUAGACACUGGUAAAUCCUGGGAAAGGCACUGCACAGAUAAUCUGACGUUGAUUAAUGAAGGAGAAGAGCCAUGUAGAGAUACCAGCCACAACUGGCUUGUGGUCAUUUUGCUGGUUAUCUUCCUACUGGUCACCAACAUCUUACUUGUCAACCUGCUCAUCGCCACAUUCAGCUACACCUUUUCCAAGGUUCAGGAGCGCAGUGACACAUACUGGAAGUUUCAGCGUUAUAAUCUGAUAGUGGAGUAUCAUUCUCGGCCAACUCUCGCUCCACCAUUCAUCAUCUUGUCCCACAUCAAUCUCUUCAUCAAAAGAAACUUACGCAAAGUGCCAUCGACCAAAAUCCACCAUUUUGCCUUAGAUUUGAAGGGUAAAGAAGCUAACAAUUUGGUGAAAUGGGAGACCCUGCAGAAGGAGAACUUCCUGGCUAUCGAGUACAAAAAACAAAAAGGGACAGACUCUGAGAGGCUAAAACAAAUGUCUGCCAAAGUGGAUGGUGUUCUCAAACAGGUUGCAGAGAUCAGAGAUAUUGAUCGCAGACUGAGAACACUAGAAUCAGAUAUGGAGUUCUGUACAUCUUCUCUUCAGUGGAUUAUGGAAACUCUGUCUCAAAGCAGUGGAGCAAAGACCAGCAAAGUGCACCCUACUCGAAAAGCUGUAAUUUCAGCCUCUCUUGAGAAAUGAAAAAGAGCCUUCUUCCUGUACUCUGUUGUCCCACACUCUCCCGGACACAUAAACCAAGAAGACGCAGAAAGCCAGUGAAAACAGGGGUGGUGACUUGUAAAAAAUAAACUGACUGUAUUGUUCUGCUUUCCAUUUUUAAAUCGGUCAUCCUGGCCUUUUUAAUGGCUCUUUCUACUCUUGACAGUUUAGUACUCCCAGGUGACCUGUCUUCUUUUCCAUCUGAAUGUGGAAAGGCACAGAAUGUCGUGAGUUUAUUGUACACUCAAAGGUCAAUUAUGUCAUGUUACAUUUAUAGAUGAAUCAAAUGAGCAUGUUCUUAAAGGAAUAUUGUUCUUAGGUUUACAUCUUUUUAAAGUCAGAGUGUUAUUCUGUAUUGUACUUAUAGAAUCUGAUUUAUAAAGCUAAUGAAGCAUAAUUUAUAUGAAUAAGAAAUAUGCUUGUCCUGUGUUUUAAUUAAUGUCUUUAAAAAAAAAUAUAAAGUAGUGUGGCUUAAAAGCAGCAACUGGGAACAAACAUACUGCUCUUGUGCGCUUUUAACAUACAUUUACAUCAUUGUUCAAUUUAGGUCAGUUACUGUUUGUGAACGAAAGACCUCAACAAUUUGCAUUUAUUAUGUAAUUCUUGUAAUAAUAUUACAGUGCAUGCAAUGAGUUCAGUGUUUAACAGAGUUUAUUGUGUUAUGUUUAUUAUGUUAAUGACAGAGAAUAUUACUUAACAUACAAAAUUAUUUAAAUAUCUAGCGUUUCUAGCACUCAGAUAUAAAAACCAAACAAAGCAAACUUUGUAUUGCCCUUUAAGUACGGCAAUGCAUGUUUACAUUUAAAUGUGUUUUAUCUCAUGGUAUUUUUCAAACCUUUUUGUAAAAUUCUACUGUAGUUACAUCCACUGAAACUGUAGUUGCAUGCUGUUAACAGUGUUUUUUGUGGACUUUGUUGGGAAUUUAUAUCACAUUUUUAUUGUGUUUUUAUUUAAUUUUGCUAUUGUUUUUUAGACUACAUUGUGAUUUUUAAUACAAUUUCUG